AUGCUGCACGGCGAAAGUGACCCCGUGGGAUAUAGCAGGCCCUUCAGCCUCGGAAUUUCCGAAUGGCUUGUUUUCGGCACCCUUGCCAUCAUCACUCUGGUGGUUGCUUGGGAUGGAACUUCCUUAUCCGUCGCUCUCCCAUCCAUCGCAGAGCAGCUUCAUGCAACCGCCACGGAGGCCUUCUGGAGUGGAACAUCCUUCCUGCUCUGCUCCACUGUAUUCCAACCCAGCUUUGCGUCCCUAUCGAAUAUCUAUGGCCGGAAGCCAUUGAUAUUUAUUUCGCUCUCCUUCUUUGUUGUUGGCACGGGCGUUGCUGGUGCCGCAAAGAAUGUCACUUACAUGUUAGUGGGUCGCUCCCUACAAGGUGUUGGCGGCGGUGGUCUCGUUGCGUUGACGGAAAUCGUCGUGGCAGAUCUGGUGCCGUUGCGUCUUCGUGGCCAAUACAUGGGUAUCAUCAACGCCGUAUGGAGCGUCGGGUCGGUGACCGGUCCAGUACUCGGGGGAGGGUUCGUGCAAAAGGUUUCUUGGAGAUGGAUUUUCUACAUCAACUUUCCAUUUGCUGGCAUUGCACUAAUCAUGCUUUUAUGCCUCCGCUUGCGCCAAACUACUGUUGCUGUGGCCAGCCUCAAGCGCAUUGACUAUAGUGGUACGUUUCUCUUUGUUGGCGGUACGGCUUCAUUCCUGAUAGGACUCUCCUGGGGCGGCACCAUGUACGCUUGGAGGUCAUGGAGGACUGUUGUCCCCAUGGUAGUGGGCGUGGUGGCCCUGGCACUCUUUGUGCUUUAUGAAAGGUUCUACGCCGUUGAACCUAUGAUCCCUCCCCGACUGUUCCAUAAUCGGACCGCGCUGGGCUAUAGCCCCGUUCUGUCCGGCGUGGCGCUAUUCCCAACGACCUUUACAGUUGCCCCAAGUGCAGUGGUUGUGGGGAUCUACAUCACUAAAUUUGGUCGAUAUCGAUGGGCAAUCCUUCUCGGGUGGGCAUUUUCAACCCUCGGCGCUGGACUCUGUUGUAUGAUCAAUGCGGACUCUGGUAUCCCUCGCUGGGUGUUCCCGACGGUGAUUCUAGGCGUGGGGAUGGGAAUUUGCCUCCCAUCUAUCCUGUACGCCAUCCAAGCUUCCUCGCACCCUAAGGAUGUUGCCAUCGCGGUCGCCAUGUAUACAUUCUUCCGCACAUUUGGGCAGGCGUUGGGCGUUGCCAUUGGCGGCGUGAUCUUUCAGAACCGCAUGCGAAAGAACCUGCUAGAGUAUCCAGCCCUCGCGCCCUUCGCAGAUCAAUACAGUGCAGAUGCCGCGGCGCUCGUGCCGCUCAUCCAGUCCAUGCCCAACGAUGUGAACAAGGUCUAUCUGAAGCAAGCCUACGCGGACAGCUUGAAAAUUGUGUGGGCAACUUGCUGUGCACUGAUGGCUGCUGCUGGACUUUUAAGCGGAUUGACCCGACAGUAUGAUUUGAACCAAACCCAGGAGGAAAUUGAAUUCCAGCAUUAA